AUUUGGUAGAGAGAGACAACCUAUUAGACGUGCCCUGACAGUGUCUCCUCCGAUUUCUCCUCCUAGACCAGCGAGAAGGCCAGAAAGACGAAUGACGCCAGAGAGAAGAGCGCCGGAACCGUUUUCGACUAUCCCCGAGAGAACCAGGGAAUUAGCGAGAUCCAUGAAUGCCCAGGUGAUUCAAGCUGAGCCAAUAGACGAGGGUCCAAUUGAUAGCAUUGUGAUACCACCGAAAUCGGUGAACGAGAAUCGGACCACUAUCGUCAGCAUUCCUCAACCAUCUGCGGCCAGCGUUGAAGCAGCGACAUCUGAAGUAGCGAAUCGCUCGAUUCAAGUGAUCAGAGAGACUCUCGAUGAGCAAGAUGCUGCUGAAGCAGUCACAGUGCAGGGCAAGUUGGAGGACUUGCAGCAAGCGAGACGAGACUUUGUGAUGGCUGUGGCGAAUGUCGGUGGUAAUGCCGUAAGACUCGCAGAAGAAGAAAGACCUAGAUACAUUUACAGGUGAGAAUAUCACGAG